UUUACAUUUGUAGGUUACGUCUCCACUGUGCGUCAAGCCGAGACACGACCCGACAACAUCAACAAAAUUACAAAAGGCUGCUCGGUUAGUGUUACUCGCCGGUAACGAUGGGGCACACUUGUUUGUAACGUGUCCAGAGGCAGAUGGUGCUCGACGUGGAGAUGUGGCUCAUUGGUCUUUCUACUGAGGAGUGUGACAGCGUCUUAAAAGGCUCUUGAAACAAAGAUUAGUGUACAAAAGACGUGUGGAGGCAGACGGCCGGCCGGGGGAGGCAGCAUCUUGCAACACCUUGGUCCUUACAAAUGUAGGCUUAAUAGUGCAGAAUGGGUCUACCUGUGGACAGCCCAGACAGAAAUGAAGGUGCACAUAAAUAUGAGCAGCGGGGAGAAGGAGAGGGUAGUGAAAGCCAAGUUGAAGUCUGCAGCCGCACUCCACCGCCCAUCAACAAGAAGAGGAGGAAAGGCAAGAAGAGACUGUGGAUCAACCUCACCAACUGCAAAUAUGAAAGUGUGCGGCGUGCUGCUCGUAGAUACGGCCUCAGAGAGGCGAUGGAGGGUGAAGACUGGACACUUUUCUGGACCGACUACUCUGUCUCUCUCGACCGUGUUAAGGACAUGAAGCGGUAUCAGAAAAUAAACCAUUUCCCAGGAAUGAUUGAGAUCUGCCGCAAAGAUUUACUCGCAAGAAACAUGAACCGUAUGCUCAAGCUUUUCCCCAAAGACUACAAUAUCUUCCCCAAAACUUGGUGCCUUCCCGCAGAUUACAGUGACUUCCAAGCUUACACCAGGGCCAAAAAAAGCAAGACGUAUAUCUGUAAGCCAGAUACCGGUUGCCAAGGCAAAGGCAUCGUCAUCACCAAGUCAAGUAAAGAAAUUCAACCUGGAGAACAUAUGAUCUGCCAGGUUUACAUCUCCAGGCCUUUUAUAAUCGAUGGAUACAAGUUUGACUUGCGUAUCUACGUGCUGGUGACUUCAUGUGACCCAUUCAGCAUAUUCAUGUUUAAGGAGGGACUGGCUCGCUUCUGCACUACCAAGUAUAACGAACCGACACACGGCAAUGUGGAUGAUGUGUGCAUGCAUCUCACCAACUACUCCAUCAACAAGAACAGCGAGAACUUUCUUCGUGACGAGGACACUGGCAGCAAACGGAAGCUGUCCACUCUGAACAAGCUCCUGGAGUCCAUCAGCUGCAACACAGACAAGAUGUGGAACGACAUUGAGGAUGUGAUCGUAAAGACUCUGAUCUCUGCUCACCCAAUCCUCAAGCAUAAUUACCACACGUGUUUCCCAAACCACACCACCGGCAGCGCCUGCUUCGAGAUCCUGGGCUUCGAUGUGCUGCUGGAUCACCGGCUCAGACCCUGGGUGCUGGAGGUGAAUCACUCCCCAAGUUUUACCACCGACUCUCAGCUGGACCGCGAGGUAAAGGAUGCGUUGCUGUACGACACCCUGGUUCUCAUCAACUUGGGCGCCUGCGACCGCCGAAAGAUCACCAAAGAGGAGCGUCGCAGGGUGAAGGACAGGCUGCAGCAAAUCAGCACCAAAGAAGCCAGGUCGGAGGAGCUGCGUCAGUGCCAGGCAGCCACGGUGGAGCAGAUGGAAAAGUAUGAGGCCAAACACCUGGGAGGCUUCAAGAGGAUCUAUCCCAGAGAGGGAGGGGAGAAAUACGACAAGUACUUCAAACACAGCAGUUCGCUCUUCCAGGAGACCGCAGCGUCCAAGGCCAGAGAGGAGUGUGCCAGGCAACAACUGCAGGAGCUGCGUCUGAAGCAGGAGCAGAAGGACCAGAGGGGAGGCCGGAGGAAAGACUUGCAGGGGGAGACGGCGGGGGAGAGAGUCAAACCACGACGAGCACAAACACAACCCCCCAGCUCAAACUGUGACUGGGAGCUGCAGCCGCCAUCUCUGUCCAGUGCGGCGGUGCAUCCUGAAGCAGCAGAAGUCCGAGAGGAGAAGCAGGAGCAGCUGCUGGAGGAGGACACAGACAUGGAGGAGCAGGAGCGGGUCGACGCGCUGCUCCAGAGGAAGAAACUACUGCAGGACCUGGGGGUGGUGGAGCAGAUCCACCAGCUGCUGCAGGGCCGCAGAGACGCAGAGGGAGUCCUGCAGGACGCCUGCACCCAGCAGCAGAGGCAGGCUCAUCAGAGACAACAGACAAAGUUGGACUCUUUGGCACAGUUUUCCCAGAGGACAAAGCAGCAGCAGCAGCCGCCCCACACACAGAUGUCAUGGCAGCACAUCCAAUCCCAGAUGACUCAGCAGCGCCUGCACCGGCCCCCGAUGGACCAGAGGAGCCUGCUCACGACGGAGCUCGAGAGCUACAACAGAGAAGUCCACAGGUCCAUCAGCUCCCAGCGGAUACACUGGCCAGGUAAACACUUCUCCGCCCUCGGCAUGCUGGGAUUUGAAUCAAGUGACCUCAACACUGCAGCUAAAGUCGGUGGCUCUCUGUCUGUCAAGCAGGACGCCAGGAGCAGCCUCUACACCGACGCCCGGUCCCGUCCCAGCAUCCCCAUCAUAAACCCCGUCCCUAAAAGAGGCCUGUGCUGCUCCUACAUGUCCCACGACCCCGCGGCCCUGCAGAGCCUGCUCGUCAUCUCCGCUCGCGCCCCCCUGGUCAGGAGGCCUGGCUUCUCUCACAUGGUCCGCAACGCCUCCCGCAGAGCCCCCCAGCAGCACGGGAAGGGCCAGUGAGGAGCCGGCCAGAGCCGCUGCGGGAUUAAAACCACCGUAGACACGCGGGACCUGAGGAGAACUGGAGGUAGAGAGGAUUUUAAACUGUGAACACACUGAGAAACACACUGUGCCUAUGAGGAAUACCUCAUGUUUUAUAUCUGGACUCCUGCAGUUUACUCUGCUUGCCACUAUAUAACCUCCAGCAUCCCCAUCCACCAUCAUGGGUUUUUUAACUUUUUCUACCCACUGUGUGUGCUCACUUAUGUGUAAUAUUUUGCUCCGGGGAUGAAUUAUCUCCAACAAACCUCACUGGUUUGACAGUGCCAAAAUAAAAGCAGACAAGGCUGAUUUAACACCACAUGGCAUGCCUGAUCCAAAUCCCCUGAAGGAAAUCUAAUAAACUCGCUGAUUAUUGGGAGUUGAAGCUGACUCAGUGAAUAUUAAGGUAUAAUUAAUUAAGAUUAAACCCCUAUUUGAAGAUAAACUGAGGGAUAUUAAUAAAAUAAAGGCCUCCUGCUUCUUCACUCAAGGAAAUGUUUGUGCAGUCAAGUAUUGAAAAUCUAUUUUUCUUUUUUGCACUGAUGGUCAAUAAAAUAUCUUUUUUUUAA